AUGGUGCAAGAAGGGCAAUCUCAAGAAAAGGCAGUAUGGUGGUUCCAAGUGAAGAUCUGGUCUGUUGCUGUGAUUUCCAUAGCACUCCUUAGUGUUUGUUUCAUUUUGAGUUGUGUGGAGACUUAUCAUUUUACACAUGGCAAAAAUGACAAAAGGCUGUCUGAAUUACGUACACAUCACGCAAGUCUAACUUGCUUCAAUGAAGGGACAAGGGUGACAGAAAAAGUCUGGGGAUGCUGCCCAAGUACUUGGAAACCUUUUGGUUCUAGCUGCUACCUCAUUUCUAAUGAAGAGAAUUCUUGGUCUAAGAGUGAGCAGAACUGUGUUGGGAUGGGGGCUCAUCUGGUGGUGAUCAACACAAAAGUGGAGCAGAAUUUCAUUGUUCAGCAGCUGAAUAAAUCACUUUCUUAUUUUCUGGGACUCUCAGAUCCACAAAAGAAUGACAAUUGGCAAUGGGUUGAUCAGACAUCUUACAUGGAAAAUGUGAGAUUAUGGCACCACGGUGAGCCCAAUUUUCCUGGAGAGGACUGUGCUUCAGUGGUUUUCUGGAAUCCUAGAGGGUGGGGCUGGAAUGAUGUUUUCUGUGAUUCUAAAAGAAGUUCAAUAUGUGAGAUGAAGAAGGUUUUUCUAUGA